GAUUGCUGUCCUGCAUAGCAUCAUCAGAGCCCAGUGCCGAGACCCCUGUGUUUGUGUUGAAGGGACAGGAUGUUCGCAUGGAUGUCAAGACAAAUAUCACACUGGAAAAUAUUGAUAGGCUAUUUUGGAAGUUUGACACAGCAAUCAAUGUUGCAAAGUACCCCCCAAAAGUAACCUUUGAAAGGUACAAAGGUAGGGCUGAAAUUGUUGAGGGAAACUUCUCUCUGCUACUGAAGAACCUACAGGAAGGAGACAGUGGAUGUUAUACUGCAGUAGUGUCUGGUAACAAAGACACCAUCAUUGCUACAUACAUGUUGGUAGUUCAAGAGAGAGUUGAGCCUCCGGUCCUGACAGUGAACUCUGUCUGCUCCAUCAAUGGCACCUGUAAUGCGACUGUGUCCUGCAGAGGCCAGAACACCUCUGUCACCUCCAUCUGUAACAACAGCACCUGCUCUCAGGUGGGAGGAGAGAGUAGAGGGGCUGAGACCUCCACUGUCCCCCUGCUCUCUGUCUAUGUGGCAGGGGGUUCCAUCAUCUGUAACCACAGCAACCAAGUCAGCUGGGCCAAAGACACCAAGCAGAUAGUGGAACUCUGUCCAAUGACAUCUGUGUCUCCCCCUGCUGGCAUGUCUGUGUACAUGUCGAAGAUCAUCCUGCUGUCUGUGGGGCUGGCCAUCAUGAUCUCUGCUGUCAUCACUGUCCACAUCAGGGACAGAUUCCACAAUGGAUAGAAUCGUGUGAACUGUAUUAUUUUCUAGCUUAGACAAAAUUAUUCCUGCUCUGUGUCACAGUAAGGUCAUGAAAGU